AUGGUGGCCCAGGAAGCGCCCCCCGCCGCCGAGGUCGCUGCUGCCGGCGACGCCGCGCCGCGCAGCGACAGCAACCCGCUGAGCUACAGCAGCAUGGAGGAGUACGUGCGGCUGCAGAAGGGCUCGCGCCCCAUCACGUCCGUGCUGAUCGCCAACAACGGCAUCUCGGCCGUCAAGGCCAUCCGCAGCAUCCGCAGCUGGAGCUACGAGAUGUUCGCGGACGAGCACGUCGUGACGUUCGUGGUCAUGGCCACGCCCGAGGACCUUAAGGCCAACGCCGAGUACAUCCGCAUGGCCGAGCACGUCGUGGAGGUGCCCGGCGGCUCCAACAACCACAACUACGCCAACGUGGCGCUCAUCAUCGAGAUCGCCGAGCGCUUCAACGUGGACGCCGUCUGGGCCGGCUGGGGCCACGCCAGCGAGAACCCCACGCUGCCCGACACGCUCGCGCAGACCGAGCGCAAGAUCAUCUUCAUCGGCCCGCCCGGCAAGCCCAUGCGCGCGCUCGGCGACAAGAUCGGCUCCACCAUCAUCGCGCAGAGCGCCAAGGUGCCCACGAUCGCCUGGAACGGCGACGGCAUGGAGGUCGACUACAAGGCCCACGACGGCAUCCCCGACGAGAUCUACAACGCCGCCAUGCUGCGCGACGGCGAGCACUGCCUCGAGGAGUGCAAGCGCAUCGGCUUCCCCGUCAUGAUCAAGGCCAGCGAGGGCGGCGGCGGCAAGGGCAUCCGCAUGGUGCACGAGGAGGACAAGGUGCUCAGCGCCUGGGAGGCCGUGCGCGGCGAGAUCCCCGGCUCCCCCAUCUUCGUCAUGAAGCUUGCGCCCAAGUCGCGCCACCUCGAGGUGCAGCUGCUGGCCGACACGUACGGCAACGCCAUCGCGCUCAGCGGCCGCGACUGCUCCGUGCAGCGCCGCCACCAGAAGAUCGUCGAGGAGGGCCCCGUGCUCGCCCCCACCGAGGAGGUCUGGGAGCAGAUGAUGCGCGCCGCCACGCGCCUCGCCAAGGAGGUCGAGUACGUGAACGCCGGUACCGUCGAGUACCUCUUCAGCGAGCUGCCCGAGGACAAGGGCAACGCCUUCUUCUUCCUCGAGCUCAACCCGCGUCUGCAGGUGGAGCACCCCGUCACGGAGAUGAUCACCCACGUGAACCUGCCGGCCGCGCAGCUGCAGGUAGCCAUGGGCAUCCCGCUGCACUGCAUCCCCGACGUGCGUCGUCUGUACAACAAGGAUGCGUUCGAGACGACCCCCAUCGACUUCGACACGGAGAAGCAGAAGCCCCCGCAUGGCCACGUCAUUGCCGCGCGUAUCACGGCUGAGGACCCGAACGCCGGCUUCCAGCCCACGAGCGGUGCCAUCCAGGAGCUCAACUUCCGCAGCACCCCCGACGUGUGGGGCUACUUCUCGGUGGACUCGUCCGGCCAGGUACACGAGUUCGCUGACUCGCAGAUUGGUCACCUGUUCUCGUGGAGCCCCACGCGUGAGAAGGCCCGCAAGAACAUGAUCCUCGCGCUCAAGGAGCUGUCCAUCCGUGGUGACAUCCACACCACCGUCGAGUACAUCGUCAACAUGAUGGAGUCCGACGAUUUCAAACACAACCGCAUCUCCACGUCGUGGCUGGACGAGCGUAUCUCGCACCACAACGAGGUGCGUCUGCAGGGCCGCCCUGACCCGCUCAUGGUGGUGCUCGUCGGCGCCACGUGCUGCGCGUACCAGGCGUCCAACACGCUCCAGGAGGAGUACGUGAGCCAGAUCGAGCGCGGCCAGCUCCCCCACAACCAGUUCCUGUCCCAGCAGGAGUCGCUCGAGCUCAUCUACGAGGGCAUCAAGUACAACAUCAAGGCGUGCCGCAGCGGCCCCAUCCAGUUCACACUCUUCUGCAACGACUCGUACGUGCAGGUGGAGAUCCGCACGCUGUCGGACGGCGGCUUCCUUGUGCUGCUGAACGGCAAGUCGCACGUCGCGUACGCUACCAAGGAGGCUCAGGGCCUGCGUCUUGUGGUGGACAGCCACACGUGUGUGUUCACCAAGGAGUACGACCCCACGCGCCUGGUGACCAACACGGCCGGUAAGCUCGCUCGCUACCUCGUGGACGAUGGCGCCAGCCUGCGUCGCGGCAUGCCGUACGCUGAGAUCGAGGUCAUGAAGAUGUACAUGCCGCUGCUGACCCCGGAGGCCGGUGUCAUCCGUCUGCUCAAGUCCGAGGGCGCCGUUCUGGCCCCUGGUGACUGCAUUGCCACCAUGGAGCUCGAUGACCCGUCGUGCGUCAAGAAGUCGGACGUGUACAUGGGCAAGCUCCCGUCGGCCGAGAACGCGAGCGGAAACAGCACCAAGUCGGUCCACAAGAUGCGCAAGUCGCUGGCCGUCCUCAAGAGCGUGCUGCAGGGUUACUUUGCCCCGGAGGACCUCACGCAGAAGGCGCUGGUCGACCUGUUCCAGGCGCUCAACGAGCCGCUCCUGCCCGUGGAGGAGAUCAAGGAGGCCAUGUCGUCGCUGGCCGGCCGCAUCCCGCUCGAUGUGUUCGCCAAGAUCACGGACAAGCUCCAGACCUUCAAAAAGUCGGUGUCGGAGGAGCCCACGGCUGCUCACGAGUUCAACGUCGCCGAGGUGGUUGAGAUCCUGGACGAGUACAAGAAGACGCUCGCGACGGACCGUCAGCGCUCGGACUUCGAGGCCUCCGUGCUGACGCUUCGUGACAUUGCCACCAAGUACAAGCACGGCCUGAUCUCCGGCGAGGAGACUGUGCUGACUGAGCUGAUCAACGAGUACUUCACGGUGGAGACUGUGUACGCCAACUCGCACAACAUCGAGGAUGUGGUGAUGGCCCUGCGUCAGCAGAACUCGGCCGACCUCAAUAAGGUGUUUGCCAUCGCUCGCUCUCACAAGGCUCUGGAGUCCAAGAACAAGCUGCUGCUGCAGCUCCUGGCCCAGAUGGCGCGCGGCAACGCCGUGGCUCCUCGCAAGUCGAUGAAGACUGCCGCCUUUGUGCCGCUCCUCGAGAAGCUCGCGACGUUCAAGGAGAACCAGUACUCGCUGGUGGCCCUCGAGGCCCGUCAGCUCCUGAUCGACAACAAGAUGCCGUCCUACCGCGACCGCCUCAGCCAGGUCGAGAAGGUGCUCAAGGAUUACAUCGCCGACGGCUCGUCGACCGACCUUGCUGCCGCGUGCGACAACUUGCUGGACCAGUCGCAGCCGCUGUUCGACCUGCUCAUCUCGCUCCUUGACCACGAGGACGAGAAGAUCCGCGAGCUCGCUCUGGAGCUGUACGCUCUGCGCGUGUACCGCUCGUACCUGAUCGAGUCGAUGGAGACCAUGAGCUUCAACGACAUCUUCGCCAAGACGUUCCAGUUCAAGUCGCCUGUCGUCGACGCGCUUGCGGUCGGCGUCGCCCCUGCCGAGAGUUACGACGACCUGGCGAGUCUGCUGCGUCGCAACAGCUCUGCCAGCUCGCUGGACCUGGGUGAGCACAACUCGGAGGAAAGCAGCGAGGACCAGGAGGAGGUUGUGGAGAAGCCGCUGGCCAAGCCGGUCGAGAGCUACCAGAAGAUCUCGGCGGACUUCGAGCGUCACGGUGCCAUCAUCCGUCUUGCCAACCUGGAGACUUUCCAGAAGGCGUUCACGGACGUCAUGACCCUGUUCCCGCUGGCCAAGAAGACGCUGUCGGUGCGCAAGGACCCGCUCGUGAACGUGCUGCACGUCAUUCUUGUGGACGAGCACACGGAGGAGGCCGUGCUUCUGGAGCAGGCUGAGGCUUAUCUCAAGACGGUGGACCAGGACCUGCGUGCGCACAACAUCCGUCGUGUGACGUUCUCGGUCCGCCCGCAGAACAUCGAGAACGUCUCGGUGCACAACGCCGACAUGGCGCUGUACCCGAACAUCUACACGUUCCCCGGCCGCCUGAACUACAGCGAGGACAAGAUCCUGCGCCACAUGGAGGCGCCUCUGGCCUACAAGCUGGAGCUGCGUCGCCUCCAGAACUACAGCGUCACGCCGCUGACGUCGGAGAACAAGAACGUUCACCUGUACCUGGCCAAGAUGAAGGAGUCCGACUCGCACAUCGUGACCGACCGCUUCCAGCGCAUCUUCGUGCGCGCUGUGGUGCGUCAGCUGGACCAUGAUGGCAGCGGCUCUCGCUCGCAGUACGACGCCUACCCGGGCCCCGAGCGCUCGCUGGUUGACGCUCUGAAUGCCCUGGAGGUGAACCUUGCCAACCCUCUGGUCAAGAAGUCGUCGCUGCCGACCAAGAACAACCACGUGUACCUGAACAUCCUGCCCCAGGCUAUCGUGGACCCGCAGUACCUCGAGGGUGUGAUCCGCAUUCUGGCCUACCGCUACGCCGAGCGUCUGGAGCAGCUGCGCGUGUCGACGGUGGAGCUCAAGAUCAUUGCGCGCUUCAACAGCGAGGCCCCGGCCAUCCCUGUGCGUCUUGUGGCUGAGAACCCCACGGGCUACGUGGUCCGCGUGCAGGCGUACGUCGAGGCCGCUGGCCACGACGAGCCUAUCUUCACCUCCAUCGGCGACGAGACCCACGGCGAGCUUGACGGCAUGCCGGUGACGACGCCAUACCCGGUGGUGUUCCCGUUCGACAAGAAGCGUCAGAUGGCCAAGGCCAUGUCGAACACGGUGUACGUGUACGACUUCCUGGAGCUAAUCGAGUACAACCUGCUGCGCCAGUGGCGUAAAUACGUGCAGCAGCGUACGCGCGGUGGCGGUGCCAAGAUCACCAUCCCGAACCUGCUGAUGGAGACGCGCGAGCUGAUCCUGGACGCCACGGGCAAGUCUCUGACGGGGACGACGCGCCCGCGUGGCCAGAACGACAUCGGUAUGGUGGCGUGGCUGCUGACGCUGUACACGCCGGAGUUCCCGGAUGGACGUGAGAUCAUCAUCAUCGCCAACGACAUCACGUUCAAGGCCGGUUCCUUCGGUACCCGAGAGGACACGCUGUUCGACCUCGCGUCGAAGCUGGCUCGCUCGAAGGGCAUCCCGCGCUUCUUCUUCUCGGCCAACGCUGGUGCCCGCAUCGGCAUGGCCGAGUCCAUCAAGGCCCUGUACAAGGUGUGCUGGAAGGACGAGACCAACCCGACCAAGGGCUUCGAGUACCUGUACCUGACCCCCGAGGACUACAAGGUUGCCUCGGCCGAGGGCUCUGUGAACGCCGAGCUGCUGGUCACCAGCACGGGCGAGGAGCGCUACGUGCUGAACGACAUCGUGGGCCGCGAGAUCGACCUCGGUGUCGAGUGCCUGCGCGGCAGUGGUACCAUUGCUGGUGAGACUUCGCGCGCCUACCAGGACGUGUUCACGCUGACGUACGCCUGCGGCCGCAGUGUCGGUAUCGGUGCCUACCUGGUGCGUCUGGGUCACCGUACGGUGCAGAACGCCACGCACUCGCCGAUCAUCCUGACCGGUUACCAGGCGCUGAACAAGCUCAUGGGCAAGGAGGUGUACACCUCGAACGACCAGCUGGGUGGCGUGAAGAUCAUGCACACGAACGGUGUGACGCACCUGACGGCCAAGAACCACCUUUCGGGCAUCUACUCGAUCCUCGAGUGGCUGGCCUUCGUGCCGGCGGUUCGCCGCGGCCCGCUGCCGAUCCGCGACCUGACGGGCGUGGACGAGAUCGAGCGCACGGUGGACUUCUGCCCUGCCGACAAGAGCACGCAGUACGACCCGCGAGCGCUGCUGGCUGGUAAGGUCGACGAGGCCACGGGCAAGUGGGUAUCGGGCCUCAUGGACAAGGACUCGUUCCGCGAGACGCUUGACGGCUGGGCCAAGAGCGUGAUCGUCGGCCGCGGUCGCCUUGGUGGCAUCCCGUGCGGUGUGGUCGUCACGGAGGUGCGCACGUCCGAGAAGGUCAUCCCUGCCGACCCGGCGGCGCCUGCCUCGCAGGAGAACCUGAUGCAGCAGGCUGGCCAGGUGUGGUUCCCCGACUCGGCCCACAAGACGGCGACUGCCAUCAAGGACUUCAAGGGCGAGGACCUGCCGCUGUUCAUCCUGGCCAACUGGCGUGGUUUCUCCGGCGGCCAGCGCGAUAUGUUCGACGAGGUGCUCAAGUUCGGCGCUGCCAUCGUGGACGGCCUCGUCAACUACGAGCAGCCCGUGUUCGUGUACAUCCCGCCGUUCGCCGAGCUGCGUGGUGGCGCGUGGGCCGUGGUGGACCCCACCAUCAACGAGGGCAUCAUGGAGAUGUACGCCGACCCUCAGGGCCGCGGUGGUGUGCUCGAGCCGGCCGGUCUCAUUGAGAUCAAGUACCGCAAGAAGCAGCUCCUGCAGACCAUGCACCGUCUCGACGACAAGCUCAAGCAGCUCACCGCGCGUCUUGCCGAGCUGUCGCCCGAGGAGAAGGAAACCGAGGGCGCCAAGAUCGCGGCCGAGAUCAAGACCCGCGAGGAAACGCUGCUGCCGAUCUACGUGCAGGUGGCCACGGAGUUCGGCGACCUGCACGACACGCCUGGCCGCAUGAAGUCCGUGGGCUGCAUCCGCCAGGUUGUGCCCUGGUCGAACUCGCGCAAGUUCUUCUACUGGCGCCUCAAGCGUCAACUCGCCGAGUUCACGCUACGCCGCCAGGUGGUGGCUGCCAGCGCCGGCGGCCCGCGCGCGACGACCUUCUUGGGUUCGGAGCAGGUGAUCAAGGGCUGGUUCACGGAGGCCGUGAACGGCGGCCGUGUGCCGCGUCAGCAGAACGUGUCGGUGUCCGAGCUCUGGUCGCACGGCGACUCGGACGUGCUCGUGUGGCUGUCGAGCGACAAGGAGUGGAUCGCUUCGCGCGUGGCCGAGCUCCGCCAGGAGCAGAUGGCCUCGCAGGUCGUGGAGAUCGGUCGCAAGGACCCCAAGGCCGCUGUGGCCGGCAUCCUGGAGGUGCUCAACCUGCUGAGUGACAAGGACCGCGAGGAGGCUGUGGCCGCGCUGCGCCGCGGAUCCAUCUUCCACAAGUAA